AUGUCAAGUCCAACACGAAACCCUAGAAAAAGACAAGUAGAUGAAGAUGACGAGGUGUUGAGUGACCAUUCAUCACCCAUCCCUUCGUCUCCACCUCUUCCCUCUUCACCCUCGCGGCCUUUUGAAGAUGAAGAAGAGGAAAUCCACGAUGAUAUACAAGAUUUAAAUCCUAGUGACGAAGAAGACGGAGAGGAUUUGAUGGAGAACAUUGAAGGUGACUACAGAAUUAAUGAGGCUCAAGACCAGUACGACUUGGGAGAUGGAAACAUCGAUGAUGAAGAAUACGAAGAGUUGGACGCUGCCACCAGAAGAAGAAUCGACAACCAGUUGAACAGAAGAGACGAAUUAAUGUCAAGAGGUGGCCGGUCCAGAAGCCAGGCAUUUUUGGAUGGAGACGAUGAUGGCGACGAUGAAGGAAGGUUGGACCAGUACGGGUUGCCUAUUCAAAGAAGAAGAAGACGUCAAUUGGAAGAAGAAGGCGAUGGCAUGGACGAGCUCGAAGAAAUUGACCCUUUCAACGAAGAGUUAUCUUUGGAAAGCUUGAGUGACAUUAAGGCUCCUAGCAUCACCGAAUGGAUUUUGCAACCUGCGGUUUCUCGGUCCAUUGCUAGAGAAUUGAGAUCUUUCCUCUUGGAAUAUACUGAUGAGAAGGGUAGAUCCGUGUAUGGUGCCAGAAUUAGAUCUUUGGGUGAAGUUAACAGUGAAUCGUUGGAAGUGUCUUACGACCACUUGGCUGAAUCCAAAGCCAUUUUGGCAUUAUUUUUGGCCACUUCCCCUGCUGAAGUGUUAAGAAUAUUUGACAUUGUUGCCAUGGAAGCCACUGAAUUGCACUACCCUAACUAUUCGCAAAUUCACCAAGAAAUCCACGUUAGAAUCAUCAACUUCCCCAACUUGAUGAGCUUAAGAGAUUUGAGAGAGAGCAACUUGAAUAACUUGAUCAAGAUCAAUGGGGUUGUUACCAGAAGAACCAGUGUUUUCCCUCAGUUGAAGUACGUCAAGUUCGACUGUCUCAAGUGUGGUGCUGUUUUGGGUCCGUUUAUUCAAGAAUCGCAUACUGAAGUUAAGAUUUCAUUCUGUACCAAUUGUCAGUCCAAGGGACCUUUAAAAAUCAACAGCGAAAAAACCUUAUACAGAAACUACCAAAGAAUCACAUUACAGGAAAGGCCUGGGUCAGUACCUGCUGGUAGAUUACCUAGACAUAGAGAAAUCAUUUUGUUGAGUGACUUAGUCGAUACAGCUAAACCCGGUGAAGAAGUCGAGGUCACUGGUAUUUACAAGAACAACUAUGAUGGUAACUUAAACGUUAAGAGUGGAUUCCCAGUGUUCGCUACCAUUAUUGAAGCCAACUCGAUCAACAAGAAGGAAAUUUCAAACCAGAAUAUGAGUUUGUUUUCGGAAGAAGAGGAAAGAGAAUUCAGGAAGUUGAGUCAAGAACGAGGUAUCAUCGAUAAGAUCAUCUCGUCCAUGGCCCCUUCUAUCUAUGGACAUAAAGACAUCAAGACUGCUGUUGCGUGUUCUCUUUUCAGCGGUGUUCCAAAAGACAUCAAUGGUAAGCAUUCCAUUAGAGGUGAUAUUAAUGUGUUAUUAUUGGGUGAUCCCGGUACUGCCAAAUCACAAAUCUUGAAGUAUGUCGAAAAAAUUGCAAACAGAGCUGUUUUUGCAACUGGUCAAGGUGCAUCUGCCGUCGGGUUGACAGCCUCUGUCAGAAGAGACCCAUUAACUAGCGAAUGGACUUUGGAAGGUGGUGCCUUGGUUUUGGCAGAUAAAGGUGUUUGUUUGAUUGAUGAAUUUGAUAAGAUGAACGACCAAGACAGAACCUCCAUUCACGAAGCUAUGGAACAGCAAAGUAUCUCUGUUUCCAAAGCCGGUAUUGUCACCACUUUACAAGCCAGAUGCUCGAUCGUUGCAGCUGCUAACCCUAACGGAGGAAAGUACAAUUCGACAUUGACUUUAUCACAGAACGUUGACUUGACAGAACCAAUUUUGUCGAGAUUCGAUAUUUUGUGUGUGGUGAGAGACAUCGUGAAUGAAGAGCUGGAUGAAAGAUUGGCGAGUUUCGUCAUUGAUUCUCAUAUGAGAUCACAUCCCAACACUGAGCUUGGUGAUGAUUUCAUGGGUGAAGACGAUGAAGUUAUGGAAAUCGAUACUCCUAGUAAGAGUUCGAGACAAAGACGUCUUGCCGAGGUCAACAAGCAGAAAGAAAAGGAAAUUUCUCCAAUCAGCCAGGAAUUGUUAGGCAAAUAUAUUGCUUAUGCCAGAGCCAAAGUUCAUCCAAAAUUACACCAAAUGGAUAUGGACAAGGUUGCCAAGGUAUAUGCCGACUUGAGAAGAGAAUCGCUUGCCACUGAGUCCUUCCCUAUCACGGUUCGUCAUUUGGAAAGUAUUUUGAGAAUUGCAGAAGCAUUUGCCAAGAUGAGGUUGAGUGAUUUUGUCAGUCAAAGUGAUUUGAAUCGGGCCAUCAAGGUGAGUAUCGAUAGUUUUGUGGGAGCACAAAAGGUGACGGUACGGAAGAAGUUGCAACGUGCCUUCAUGAAGUAUACAUUGCCCACCAGGAGGAGCUAG